UCAUUUCUACUUUUUAACGAGAUAUCAAUCUGGCUUUUAAACGAAGGAUCAGGGACUCAUGGGGCCAGUGGGAGGAAGAAGAUAACUUUCUCCAUCGCAUUUCUUCGAGGGGCUUUCCGGGAAGAAAAGUGUUCUGAGUUUACCGCCGUUCUCUAUCGGGUAGACCAUGUAGAUGAUAGUCUAAUAGCUGGAUCAUUGCUAGACUUACUGCGCAGUCGAUACUUUUCUUUUCUGUACCGAGGGAGUAGCUAAGAGCUAGGGUUUUCUGUGAUUUGGGUUCCGCAACUAUUUUCUCUCUUCGGAUUUUUUCAACCUCCAGUUAUCGUUUUAAAUGUUCUUCUAGAAUUGGGUCGCUGCGAUUUUUUAUGCCAGUAGCCCCAAUCCUUCUUCCAGGGAAGACAACUGAAGGAGAGAGAUAAAGCAAACAAAAGUGCUUUUCGUUCUUUUUCUCUGUUCUUGUUGGAUUUAAAGAAAUUUUUUUUUUUUUAAUUUGUGUUUUUUAACCGAUGUUCUUUCUCUGAUGAUAGCAUCUGCUUGCGCUCGAUCGAACCCCUCUCAAUAUCUAUCCAUUCAUUGCAUCAAUUCUUUGUAGGCCAUAUUUUCACCUUAUAUUUUUGUAUUAAUUCACGAAAGCCUGUUGAGCUUUCGUUAUCUUAUACGAAUAGAAGACUUUUGUGUAUGGCGUUGGCCUUUACCAGUCUUUCAUGUUGGCUGCGUGGGGCAAAAAAACAUGAAAGCUGCAGCUCAGCUCUGCAGUCUUCUUCUGAUCUUCCAUCUGUGUUCCGGGAGUCCGAUUCUGUGAAGUUUUUGUACAUGAGUGGGACUACCAGAAUGAGGUCGUCCUCAAGGAGAGUGAAGAGGAAGUGGCAGAGCAGGGAAGAAAGGAGAUUACGGAUUGAUAGGGAAUAUGAUAUGGUAAUUGUGCCGUCUGAUGGAGGUUGUUUGUCUGGAUCUGAGUCUGAUGAUUCAGAUUGGUCGAUUGGGUGGAUGGAACCUCAUGCUUCUGAUUUUCAGAGCAAUAACAGUGAUGGAGAAAGCAGUUUUGCUGUUCUUGUUCCCUGCUAUAACCAUGGCCGAUGUGAGAAGAUCGGUAAUCUCAAGAGUUAUGUAUUGGGAACUGACCGAGCUGCCAAUCAACAAAAUGCGUUUUCUUCUGUGAAGAAAAGAGAGAAGAAAAGAGAAGUUAGAUGUUAAAUGAACUUAGCUAGUAUACACCACACAAAACACUCUUCUCCUGCAUUUUUUGCUACAAACUAUCAGGUCAUUACGAGUUUUUUCGUCGAGAAAUUUUUAUUCAUGCCACACACAUAACAUUGACAUUUUUUAUGUGAUGAUAAAGUUUUGAGUGUCAUAAACCUAAAUGUAAAAAUUUAGGCAUUGGAUAUUUAUGUACAUAUAUAUACAUACCUCUUUUUCUUUUCAAUAUUACUGCAUCUAUUAAUUCAUAACUG